CAGAACUUUGCACGCCCCCUUUGUCACGUGAUUUAUCGCUUAAUUUAAGGUAGAGUGUAUCCAGUGAGGAGACAACUAAACAUACAUCAAUAUUACCAGAUGGCGUCCACCGAGGAGAGUAGCCAGUCCGCGGAGAGCCAGCGUCAGUCCAUACCCAUAGGGUCAACCAGCAUCUCCAUUAACCUAACCUUCGUCAAAAGUAUUCUCGGGAUUUUCGAGGGAACUAUCAUCAUUCUGUCACUCAUUUGUUUGAUCUGCGCUGGGGCCGGGGCUAACGUGGUGUGUGACUAUGCCUACGGGUCGAACUAUGGCUUCUAUGAGUUCGUUGCGGGCUCUGUGUUUUUAACAUACUUCAUAGACUACUUGAUUUUCACUAUUAGUAUCGAAGAAAGAUGGUGUAUGAAAUUUGUACCGUGGCUAGUAUGGCACUUUUUCAGUGGGGUUAUAUUCACCUUUCUGUACCUGAUAGCGUCCAUAGUAAUGGCAUCUCACACGUGCGGACGGGGUGGAUACGCGGCGGCCGCUGUGUUUGGGUUUAUCACCACCAUCGUGUCCGGUGUGGAGACGUACUUCCUGUUGUUGUCUCUCCGUCAGGACCACGCCCCCACCGAUAACAAGGUCCUCAAUAUGUUGGGGGUCCCCCAGGGUAACAGCGCGUCCCCACAGAGCCCAGAAUACGAUCCAGAGAGCGUUCCGGAAUCAAAGUAUUGAGAACAAUACUAAAAUAGAAACUAAAUUUAGAGCCACUCAUUGUGUGAAUGAUAGUUGUCCAAAAAUUAUGUGUUCUUUGUUAGAGAUUCGUUAUCACGUGCCUGUAGAACAUUCAUUAAUAUUACACACGUGUCAUUUAUACCGAUAAAAAGACUUUGUGAAUGAGGUGCGCAAGAUUCUAUAUUCAUUGUAUAUGUGAUAGCUAUUUUCAUACACCAAGAAGAAAAUGCAACAUAAAUCUAAUAUAUAUUAAGAUAAAAUUUUAACGAUCGUGUAAUUACGAAGCAUGAAUGCAUAGGUUUUUGUGAAUUGCAACGACGUCCAUUUCAUCGGACCCUAAAACGUUUUCACUAUUCAACGAAUAUGAAUUCAAUUUGUAAAUUUUAAUGAAUUUCAUAGACAUGUAUACAAUGUAUAUCCAUUUUCAAUUAACAUGAUAUCAGCUGUUUUGCUGUUUUCAAAAGUGUUUGUUUAAUUAUAACUCAAGUUUUACGAAUUUUGUGUCAUGUCAACCAAAAUAAAAUAUAUUCUAAAUA